UAUGUUCUCUACUUUGUGAUUUUCACAUGCUAUUUCAUUUAGUCCAAACAAAAAACAAAAACAAAUCAGCAUGUAUAUGUAUAUAGUACUCUUCUUACAAUGGUUUCAUUUCUCCAUGCACGCCAGUGUUGUAGCUGUAAACACGAAAGCCAUGAAAGAUCCAAGUGUGUAUAUUUUCCCACCAAAAGAUUCUGAAUUUUAUAAUAAAGUUAAAGAUGUAAAUAUUCUGCUGGAUGAAGUUAAUGAAAAAGUGUACAUCAGUGCUGUAAAUAAUUUGUUUAGCCUUUCACUUGAUCUCAAGUCAAUAGACAAAAGAAUAGAUUUGUCUCCAACGGAAAAAACAAAAUGUAAAAGAGAGGGACCCAAGGACAUGAAUUGUGAAGAUAACUAUAUAAAAUCACUUCUAUAUGAUUCGCAAAAAAGAUUGUACAUAUGCGGGACAAAUGCAUUUUAUCCAGAAUGUUGGCGGUAUCAGAGAAAUCCUCUACAGAUCAACAACAGCCUUACAAUAAAGGACGCUUUUAGUCACUGUCCCAGAUAUAAAAAAUACAAUGCUCUUACAUAUUUCUCAGGUGAUAAUGUUUUUGUUGCUACACAGAAAAAACCAACUGAAAAAGGGAGCAGCAUAUCGAAGGUGAAAACAUUUGAGGAUGAGACACUGGUUUCAACUGCAAAUAGCAGACGCAAACUGUAUUUUUUUGGUGCAAGUUUCAAAUCUGUGUACUCAUUAGAUGCUAGUGGCUACAUUUAUUAUUUUUUUCAUGAGAUUGUGGACAUCGACUUAGGGCGUAAGGUUGUGUACUCGCGGGUUGGAAGAGUUUGCAAGUAUGAUAAUGGGGAAGAUAAUCUAAGUCCAGAGAGAUUUAUAACUUUUUUGAAAUCUCCGCUUAUAUGUUUGAAGAAAGGAGACAUUGUGGCAUCAUACUACGAUGUCUUAGAAAGCACCUAUGUGAGGGAUGUGGAGAUGAAUGGGAAAACAGAAAAAUUUGUAUAUGCAACUUUUUCUUCAUCCCUGAAAGACACUGCAAAUACAGCAAUUUGUCGAUAUCGUGUGUCGGACAUUGUUCAUGUUUUCGAAACAGGUCGACUAACAUAUAAAGAUCUGAAAACUAAACAGUGGGUUGUUACGCCAUUCUCAGCCUUUAAAAAUAAUGUCUCAAGGCCUGUGUGUGACGGUCCUAAAGAGGCUUCCUUCUCGUCAGAUCAUGAUACAGAAAUCUUUAAUGCACCAGACCGUUCUCUUAUGUAUGAUAUGGUCUUGCCACACGAUGGUGAAGCGUUGUACACUAUUGAUUCAGCCAGGUUGACGGCGAUCGUGGUGGAUGAUUUUCAUUUGGAAGCAAAUAAAACUGGUUCUGGAUUGCAUGUAGCCUUUGCUGGCACAUCGAAUGGUCAUGUACACAAAUUGACUAUAAACAAUACUGGUCAAGUCGAGGUUAACGCAGUGAAACAAACACAGCCCUUUCAGACUUCAGGUCCAAUAAAAGUGAUGAAAUUAUACAAAAAUAUGGUUUACGCCGCUGGAGAUUCUGGAGUGGCUGCGUUUCCAGUUCACCACUGCGAAAGUUAUUGGCUUUGUAAAGACUGCGUACAGAUCAAGGAUCCGUACUGUGCUUGGAGCAUGAAGGAAAACAGGUGUAUGGAAGCAACGAAACUUGAUCCUUUAGAGAGAAUACAGGAUUUAAGGAGUGGAAACGCAAUUCGAUGUCCGAAAGUGCAAAAAGAUUUCAAAUGCACGGCUACCGUUGAGAAUGUCACAUUUGGCAUGAGUGCACUCCUCGAAUGCAACCCCAUUGCUGACACCAACACUGGUGAAUUACCAACCAUCAAUGGCUGGUCCCGAAGCGGCGUCCGUGUAUACGACGGCGAUAUGUACAAGCUGAUGGACAACAACAAGAAGCUUUUGAUUACGCAGUUUACCGAAUCGUAUGUUGGGACGUAUUCCUGCAUCGUUCAAGUCAAAGACUCGCAGUCAAAAUCUUGUUCGUUAGAAUUGCAAGCACCGACCACUAAACGACCACUCGUAACCACCAAAGUAACCGAGCGAGGACCACACGUAACAAAUGUAACUCGACGAGCGAACACGACAACUAAUCGUCCAGCCAUACCAUACACAGGUUCGGGAGGAAAAUCAUAUUUUAAGGAAUUUGUCGCCAUGGCUGUUUUAUUCGCCAUCGUUUUGCUUCUCGCUUUUUUGCUGUUUUGCGUGGUGUUGGCAAUGAGGCAGCAUAAUGAUAGCGAGGUGGAUGGAGAGACGGCGAACGGUAAAGCGAACGGCCAUUUCUCGAUCAUAUCGUUCACGAAGAGCUACCAAAUUAGAAAAAGACAGAACUCGGCGAACAAGGAACUGAUUAAAAAGAAAAAUAAAGAUCGGGUGUAUCAGCCGACGACUUUAGAAAUGACGGAUAAAAGGGUCGAAAAUGACGACGAAGACGACGUCGAAUUUAGGUAAUAGGUGAAUGGAUAAGUAGAAAAUAUGGAAUCGAUAAUCCCAACCUUACGGCAAAAUGCAAGAUUAGUCGUUCCAUAAGACGUCGUUUUCACGCUGGUUAAUCCCUUCUGUCGAAAAGAUGUCAUAUAUUAUCCAGCCGCAAGGUUGUUUUAAAUCAUGACUUAUACAUACACACAAACAAACUAAUAACAUAGACAUCAUUGCAUCAGGAUUCAUAUUUUUAUUCAUUUCUAAAAGAGAGAGAGUAUUACCCUUUUUUAUUAUUUUUUUAAACCACCAUAAGCGGUGGUUUACCAAGACAAUAAAGUACUCGUUUGUCUUAUUUAGUCCAAACGUUAUUAUUUGGGUUAUUGAGACAAUGUAUAAAAAUGUUUUUUUAUUUACAGAAAGUUUUGAAAACGUUUCGUGGCUGCCGAACUUUAACGUUGUUUUUGCGUUUUGUUUUGCUUGCUUAACCAGUUUUUAUUGUGUUUCUUCAAUUGGACUACGUGUCUUCUUUAUAUGGCGCAUUAGACCUUAUUUUGUUUUCACUGAAAUUAAACUUCACAAAAUUAAUUCGUCAUACUAUUUCGUACAGAGACUUGAAGAAGGUUUAAGAGUUUUAUUUGUGUUCUAAUAACAGAUUUUUAGUGACUGUGUAUAUUAUAUAUGUAGAAAAGAAAUUAAAUAACAGUAGAAAAGAAGAAGUGUGUUUCAUCUGAUCCGUCCUACCAGUGAUGUUUUCAACUUUUCAUCAACAAAAAGAAAUUCCUAAAAUAGAUUUUUACUUUUUAAGGGUUUUGGGAAGAAAACUGGGCGAAAGUUUGGAUUUUAGGACUGA